UGAACACUGGCGUGCCUGUCAUCGCUGCCCUAAAGGUUCUGCGUAUUCUACGGUUGUUACAAACGCUCUAAUCGGGACAAAGACAAACGUUUUGUUCGAGUCCCGAAAGUAGUGAACAACGCCAACUACGUUUUCGCAGUUUGCUCUUCCUGAUUGGUUCAACGAAAAAUGAAUAUAACAACCAAGAUGGCUCCGAGAGACGGAGACAAAUGAUGCCAGAUUAGAACAACAAACGUUACGACCUCACACUCUCGUGUACACCUGUUUACAUCUGGUUCCGAACGGACCUCUGCUCGAUCAGCGGACCACUGACUGACACGCACGCGCCAAGAGACUGCAAAGAAACCGCUACUCCCCUGUUUGCUAACAGGGAGGCAGCUACUAGCAUUAGCUCUCUGUAACUGCGGAAGGCGAGUUGGGAGAAGACACUCCAAGAAGCAGAAAAGUCUGUAUAGCAUUUAAUUAAAUAAGUGACGCAUCCGUUAAAUUCGUUCACCGGCUUACAGAGUUGUGUGCACUCGGAGGAGGUGUCAAGGAGUUUAUCUCUACUCCGCUGAUAAGGAGAGCUGGAGAGACGAGAAAGGCGUCAUCUUUGCUUGACGCCAUGGCUCACUCCCCUAUUCAGAGUGGACUACCGGGGAUUCAGAAUUUGAAAGCUGAUCCAGAGGAGCUUUUCACCAAGCAGGAGAGGAUAGGGAAAGGUUCUUUUGGAGAAGUCUUUAAAGGCAUCGACAGUCGGACUCAAAAAGUUGUGGCCAUUAAAAUAAUUGAUUUGGAGGAAGCUGAGGACGAAAUAGAAGACAUUCAGCAGGAAAUUACUGUGCUAAGUCAAUGCGACAGUCCCUUUAUCACCAAGUAUUAUGGAUCCUAUCUGAAGGGUACAAAAUUAUGGAUUAUUAUGGAAUAUUUGGGUGGAGGCUCAGCUCUAGAUUUGCUGGAACCAGGCUCCUUGGAUGAAACUCAGAUUGCCACAAUCCUAAGAGAAAUUUUAAAAGGGCUGGAGUAUCUGCACUCUGAAAAGAAAAUACACAGAGAUAUCAAAGCUGCCAACGUGCUGCUGUCAGAGCAAGGCGACGUGAAGCUGGCGGACUUCGGCGUGGCAGGUCAGUUGACGGACACGCAGAUAAAAAGGAACACUUUUGUUGGAACACCUUUCUGGAUGGCACCUGAAGUCAUAAAGCAAUCGGCCUACGACUCAAAGGCAGACAUCUGGUCUUUGGGUAUAACCGCUAUAGAGCUGGCUAAAGGAGAGCCGCCCCACUCCGAGCUGCAUCCCAUGAAAGUCUUGUUCCUCAUCCCAAAGAACAAUCCACCGACUCUGGAAGGAAACUACAGUAAACCGCUGAAAGAGUUUGUUGAAGCCUGUUUAAAUAAGGAGCCCAGCUUUAGGCCGACAGCAAAGGAGUUGUUAAAGCAUCGAUUUAUUGUAAGGCACGCCAAAAAGACGACCUAUCUCACAGAGCUGAUCGACAGAUACAAGAGGUGGAAAUCAGAGCAGUCACGGGACGACUCCAGCUCCGAUGAAUCUGGAGACGAAACAUCCAAUAAGAAAGCUGGUAAAUCCGAUGACAAAUGGAACUUCACCAUUAAGGACCCAAAGGACCUCCAUGUGCCUCCCAGUACGGUUCAGAAUGGGGCACCUAAGCCUGCAGAGUUAGAAGUGGAGAAGGAGGAAAGUCCAAAGGGCUCUCCGUCCCAAAGCCUGUCGUCCAUAUUCUCUCCAUUGUUCAAUGAGCUGAAGGAAAAGGGUGAGACAAGUAACGGCAAGCCAGAAGCUGCAGAACAGCUGAAGAAAGCCGUUUUCCUGGCAGAUGAUGCACACCCGGGGAUCUGUGACUCACUCGUGGCUGAACUACUGCAAAGACUUCAGAGGUUUUCUGUGCCACAGGAGGCCUCUGCUCAGUGACAGGAGCUGCUCUGCUCUAAUUUCUCACCCUGGUGGCACCAGUCCGAUCUUUUCCUCUGACUUCCAAAGCUGAGAUGAAAUCUCCCAGGAAGGUCUCCAUCACUCAUGCCUGAAGCAAAAGCCGGCCUACUUCCCUUCUGUUGAAAUGCUAGCACAGCACCAGAGGGUUCUGCUCAGGCUGGCUGCUCCAGCUGCCACCUGCUGUACGAUGUCUUUUCUCUGUACCUCCUUCCUCGACUGUUUCAUUUUGAAUCUAGGGUGUUUUUGGUGAUUUUUGUGGUUUUUUCACAAAGGUUUACACUCAACAUCCUGUUGGAGGAAAUCCCCUGUGUGUGUGUGUGUGUGUGUGUGUGUGUGUGUGUGUGUGUGUGUGUGUGUGUGUGUGUGUGUGUGUGUGUGUGUGUGUGUGUGUGUGUGUGUGUGUGUGUGUGUGUGUGUGUGUGUGUGUGUGUGUGUGUGUGUGUGUGUGUGUGUGUGUGUGUGUGGUGGCGCGAGGAGUGAUGAGUGGCUUAAACUCAGGUAUCCUGCUUUAGGUGGAUUGAGUCUUCUGGGAGAUGGAAGGAGCUCUAGCAGGGUGGUUGUACAGUCUUGUAAAUUAGCACAUUUCUACAGAUUCCUCUAAGUGUGUAAAAAAAUGGCCACUUGAGAAGUUUAGAUAAUGGUUGUUGGGUAAAUAUUUUGAGUCUAAAGUGGCUGCAAAUGAAAAUUGCCUUGCCUCCGUACUCGUUCUUUUGUAUCAGAGACUGAUUAAUUUUUGCCUCCGCUCUUUUAAGUUCUCAUCCUGUGAAUACCGAUAGUUGCCCCCUGUCCCAUUUUGCUAUAGAGUCAUACACUUCCCAAUUCUUUUUACUUGUUGGAUUCUGCUGUGGCUGAAAACGCGUCUGAGAAUGUAAAAGCCGGCUGGUUCAUCGAAGCCUCUCCGGUUUUAACGCCGGAUGCUGUAUUCCAGCCUUCAUUCCACAAAAGGUGGUGCUGUUUUUGCUGUGUGUGCACGUGUGUUUGUGAAAUUGCUCAGAUAGACCGAGUUUUCGUCCAGUCAUUCCAUUAAUGUGGCGGUGCCAUCGUUUUGUUCAUAAAUCAGCAAGACUCUUGGUCUUCCUAUAGGAGCUGCAGUGGUACCAUCUCCUCGAUGUACCGACUGCUUGACUUGCACUUCAGUUAUAAAUGCCUUUGACUAUAAACAAAGUAGCCAUAAAACAGUAGCAUGACACUUGCAGCAUUGUGCAGGAAUGCAUCAUAUAACAGUCCUGGACGUCGCCCGCCGUGGACGGACCCCGCUGUCAGGUGUAAGUAUUAAAGCCAAGAGGUGUUGAGACUAGCUGCACUGUUGCUACUGAUGACUGGGUGUUCAGCGGGACGUCCAUGAUAGUAUCGACAGCCUAGUCUGGCCUGAGCUGUAUGCGUUGUAGCAUACCGUCGCAGGAACCAAAGAGUGUCGAAUCCUGAACACGAAUAAAUCAGCCUUACAGUGUUUGUGAUGAACGGGACGAAUGCGAUCAGUUCAGCAAAUUAGAUUUUCUGUUCUUUUUUUCCCCCAUCUUGCAUAAAAAUGCAAAUGUAGGUUUUAUUACAACAGAUCUGGGUGUUUUUUUCUGUUUCACUCUAAGAACUGUUAGCGUUGAACAGAAUUUGUAGGACUCUUGAGUGUCACAUGAUUUAUUUAUGCAAGUUAAAGGAACAGUUUGCCAAGAUGGGAAACACUCGAAGCACUCAAGAAUAUUUAUUUGAGCUUUUUCAGCUUAGAAACAUUUGAACAACUGUUUGUUUGGCUUGUGCGCCAUCGCCUCUUUUCCAGGGCCUUACAUUGAAAACAACAAAACAAACUUAAGCAAAUUCAUUUUAAAAAAUGUGUUUUCCACUGUUUACAGCAGCUUCAAACCCUAAAAAUCAUCUCUUAGUCAAUUAUAUUCAGUGGAGUUUUUGUGACGAAUCUGUUUUUCAUGUGUUUUAUUCACACUGUGCAUCUUAUGGCUGUUUGUUCAGAGAUCAUUUGAUAAAAUUAAUAAACAUCCCUCAAACUGUUCCUUUAACUAGCAGAGAAAUAAUGAAGUUUUUAUUUUCCCCACGAUGCAGAAUGCCCGUGGUCUGCUUGCACCGGUUGUUUUGCUUAUCUGUCCCAGCGCUUUGGUAAAAAGUGUCAUUUCAACAUCUCUGCCCCUCUGAGACAAACACAAUUAGCACCUUUGACCCGGAUUUCUAAGUGUUGCACUUUGUAGGUUUAUUGAAUUUUUACAAAAGUGGUACUUAUUGCUAAAAAUGAUGCUGCGGUUUUAUUUUUGUCUCCUACCUUCAUUUAAACAUGUCUUGAUACAAACUGGCAUAUAUUCAUUUCACUUUUUUUAAAAUAACCACACAGAGCAGUAUUAUGUAUCAGAAGUAAAGAUUUAGGGGAUUUGUGAUGUGUUCAAGUUUUAUUUGACACUGGAGAGCAAUCAUUUAAAAAUAUACAUUUCACUUUGUGUGACUUUGCUGUCCAGUAUACAUGUUUGCUAAUUCAUGUUAGAUUUAUUGAACGCUGCCGACGAUUAAGAGUAAAAUAAAGAUUCAUCACAAACA